AUCAAGGCGCGGGACGUGGUGGUGUACUAGUGUCAAAUGUGUUGUGUUGAUAAAGUUUGACAUUUGUGGAGUUUUGUGAAUUGAAUAUGUCAAUAAAGUGUAAAUAAUGGCUUGCAGAUAUAGAGAUGAAAUAGUGGGAAAACGAUUUUUGUCUGUUAGUGGUUUUAAUAAGUUAAAAUUGUCAAAAAUAAGUGAGUGGGGAUGGAGAGCAGGAGUUAUACGUGCUGCAAGUCAUAAGGAUAACAAACACAAGGAUUUACAGGUUCUGGUAGAGUAUGACGACAUGGAGUGGCACCGCCGGGAAUGGCUCAGCAUCUACAGGGAUAAUAUCUUCCAAGUGUUCAUGGUCGAGUCAUCUCUGGUCUGGUGCGACAGGAAAGACCCUCUGGCUGGCUUCAAGUCGACUGUCUACUGGCCCGCUUUGACAUUCUCUGCACUAGUAGCCACCAUGGACAUAUCUUCUCAGCGGCUACAGCCUGUGGAGUUCCUCAUGGACCAGGAGUUGGCUUUCCGAGACCCCGCCUCUUUGCUGCCCUAUAAGGACUGGGACCCGAAGAUGCGCGGGGUGAAGGACUACCCCGGCGUGAGGGAGGCCGCACGCCGCUGGGUGGAGGCCCAGGACGGGCAGCAGAUCCUGCUGACCACCCCGAGCGUUCUGGUCGGGUUCCGCGUGGAAGUGUACCGGGCAGAGGGUACCACACAGUGGUACACUGCGGUCAUCUGCGGCUACAACGAGGCCACACACGAGCUGACGGUGACAGAUGACACCGUGCUGGAAGGACACAACGAAGACCCAACCCUCGUCCAGAUGCGGCUCAUCGGGGACAGGGUGGUCGAGUCCAUCAUGCGGGGAGAAGACGUGGGCAUCACACCGAGACGGUCACGGUCCAGCACGGCGCCCGCCCCACCGCCCCACACGCACACCAGCACGUCGCGCGGCCAGAGACAGCUGCCGGUGGCUGUAGUCACCUCCAGUAAACAGAUAGAGACUCCUGCUGCGUGUCCUUCCAGGAAACAUCUCCGCAGGGAGGCGGCUCCCCGACCUCCUGAAAGUGUCAAAGAUAAACCGGACGGAAAGAAGAAGCCUAGAGCCAAGCGGAAAAACAAUGGGACCAAGGUACCGGUGGCCAGGAGCAAGGAGGACCUAGAGAACAAGGGGAAGAAGCGACGCGCCGUAGAACCACGACCUGCCAAGAAGAAAGUGUUGGAGGACACGAACAACAGUAAACUCCGGAGACUCGUGGAGGUUCGAGUGGAAGAUUGUCUGCGGAGAGUGAACAAGGAUCUGAGUGUAGCCGCGAGUGCGCCGGUGGCAGUGCCGAGUCCCUCCCCCUCCCCCUCGCCGCCACAGUCGCCGUCCCCCCCGUCGCCCCCAGUGAUCGAGGAAGACGAUGCCAAGAGUGUCCCGGAACCAGUGACCGCGCCGGACCCGGAAGUCCCGGCCGAGCCGACAUCCCAGUUUCCCCCGGCGGUCGACGAUGACGGCCCGCUGCCCUCGUCUUCGCCCGAGAGGAUGGAGCUGGUCGGCGACGGUUCCGCAGCAUCGGCCUUACUGCGCUUCCCGGACGACCGUUCAGACUCCGGAGUGAGUAGCCUGCGCAGCGGCAGUGGCGAUGAGAGGUCUGGCUCUCGCUCCAGCGCUCUGAGCAGUAGUGACGAGCCCCAAGCCAAGAGCGUCGCCCCCGCCACCAAGAGUUCCUCACCCGUCGUCUGGCGAGAACCCGGAGCCGAGGUGAGGCACGUCCACAGCGUGCAGCAUCAGACGCUGCUCAUGUCGCACCCUCAGGGCGGCAACCCGGGGGCCUCACACUACCCGCCCCCACCGCCCAUGAUGGGCCAUCCCCUGCACCAUCUGCCACCCCCAGCCACCCACCUCUACACGCAGCACGUGGCCGACAUGUUGUGGAAGCCGAGAUAUCCGCCUCAGAUACCUGUCAAUACGCACCUUCACCCUACGCCGGCCGAGGAGCUUCUGGAGCGCGAGAGGGCCUUCGCCCAGGACCGUGACCGCCAGGAUCGGCUCAUCAGGGACCGCAGAGAACAGGAGGUACGAGAGCUGGAGAAGCAGAAGGAGAGGGAGAGAGAGAUCAAGGCGGAGAGAGAGAAGCAAGAACGGGACAGGUUAGAGAAGGAGAAGGCGCAGCAGGCGGUCCAUAAACAUUUCGAAGAAUCAUUUAGGCUGGCACAGGCUAAGAACAUGAAUUCUUAUUGGGACCCCUUGAGCGCUACUGUAGGCCCAAUGCUCGGACGUGAUUCGACAAGAAUGUCUGAGAAGCUGCAGAACUCGAUUUAUAGGAGAGGACAAUCUGUGGCUGCUAAGGUGGAAUACCCACCUCCCCCUGCUCACAGGCAAGUCAUCGGCAUCAAGGACAAGCCUCAGGUGUCAUCAGGACUUCCGAGAGCAGAACCUAACCUCAAUCUGUUCAACUACUCGGCCUAUCAGAACCCAUUGUCUUUCCUCCACCAUGACCCAUCCAAGGUGAAGCAGGAAGUGAAAACUUCACAGUCGUUGUCCCUGGUGGUCACCAAGAGUUCCCCCGUGGAGCGGGACAUGGGGCUGCCGAACCCUCCCCCUCUUAUGCCCGACUUGAAGAGUUCAGUGAUAGUGAAGAAUGAAGGACAGAAAGCGAGUAUAGACAAGACUAAGUUGCGAGUGUCGGAACCCCACUACCUACCCCCGGCCCCCUCGGGUGCUCAGAUAAAGUACGAGUACCGGAGUCCCUCCCAGUCACCUCACCUCCUGCCUCACCAAGCUCACCACUUCGACCAGGGUGCCAACUUGGCCAGCAUCAGCAAAGUCCAUAACCACAACAGUGCACCGGUUCUACACCAGCGGGCCAGACAGUCACCUCUUCCUCCUCACAGACAGUCACCUCACCCUCCUCACCGCCAGUCCCCCCACCAACCUCCUCUACCUCACAGACAGUCCCCACACCCGCAUCCUCAGAGACAGUCACCUCACCCUCACGCUUCCUCUCCUGACCAAAAGUACCAACCCGGAACAUUAAUUUAUUCCAAGUCAGCGACUGUAAAUUCUUACCCCUACCCCGCUCCCGCUCCUCCACCACUGCACUACGCACCACCGGUUACAACGCCACCGAAACCCAAAGUCAGCAGUCCGGCACCACCUCACAUCUACGGGAAGCCGAACAGUGGUAUCUCCACCGGGACACCGAUCUGUCGGUCACAAGAGUUGAGACUUAGUCCACUGCCUCUCACCUCGACUAAAGCUCCACUGACGACCUCACCGUACCAACAGCUGCCCCAACACCACCCACCGCCGUCUCACCAGAUCGUACCCAGAGACCAUCAGCCGCCUCCACCUCCCGCUCACUCCAAAGCUGUAUACGGCCUCUACCAGCCCCCUCAGGGCCCGGGUCUGGCCGUUAGUGUGAAGCCACCUCCAACAUCGCCUCCUUCCAGAUCCUCACCUCUCGCGGCGUUCCAGACACAACCUCUCGACCUCGGAGUGAAGGAAGACCAAGACAGAGGUUCGUCCCCAAAACGAAAAUUGACGGACGAUCAGGAGUGUUUAGACGCUAAGAAACGGCGGAGUGAGGAACCGGUAUUGUCGAGAGUCAGUGAACCGAGUCCUUUACUAGCGAGUGCGGCGACGACGAUAACGACAGUAGUGAACACGGCAGUGGCCGACACUCUGGAUAGGCCGAGAAGUGCGGGAACGCCUGCCCCUCCUGCCUGUCCUAGCCCCAACACACCCGCUAAACCUCCUAGUGGUAUCGACAGUGAAAAGUCCAAUAGCCCAGGCCCUCCCCCACGAACUUCUUCAUAUCCCGUUCAUAAAUUGAAAAAAGCGUGGUUACAAAGGCAUUCGGGUGAAGACGGCACGGACGAUAAAGAUGUUGUUGGUUCCGGUAGUUGUGUGACGUUGCCAUUAACACUUCCCAAGAAAGAAGUGGAAAGGACUGAGAGUGUUAGUGCUGUGACUUCCUUACAUAAUAUAGGUUCUAUGGCUGUUAACAGUAUAAGUAAGACAAAACCGAAAACGAGUAGAAAAACGGUGAAAGAAACUCCUUUAUUAAACGGUCACACGCCGGGGAAGCUCCCGGACGCUGACGACUCCUCGAGUUCUGACCCCGACAGGAAGGCCUCUCCUCCUAAAAGAGUGCCUCCCAAAGUGAAAAGAAAGAAAGGUGGUAGAAAACCUGCCACCGAAGAGAACAAGAGAAAAAAGUUAUCCGCUAGUAGUACCGAUAGUGAUAAAGAAAGUGGGAGUGAUAAGGACAGUGACAGUGGUAAGAAAGCUGCUGGUGGACAAAAUGAAAAGUCCGGAAAGGAUAGUGGCAAGAAAAGAGGACGGAGGCCUAAAACAAACCAAGGAACCCAGCCAAAAAACGAAGGAGGUGAGGAGCCGCGCAACAAAAAGCCCCGGGACGAGCCACCAACACCGCCCCAACGCGACCCCUUCGCCAAACCUCCUGUGGGGCAGCUCAAAAAGACCGGUGAGAGUUUCCUGCAAGACGGUCCGUGUUUUGAGGUAGCACCCAAACUGGCCAAGUGUAGGGAGUGUAGGUGGACGCCUCACCAGCGUUCACGCAACAUGCCCAACAUCUUCUGCCGGUUCUACGCAUUCCGGAGACUCAGGUACACCAAAAACGGUCAGUUGGCCAUCGCAGGGUUCUCGGACCCGCUGAGGGACGCCACGCAGGAUGAUCUCAAGCUGUGGCUACCUCUGCCAGACAGUCCACCACCCGACCUCGACCUGGAGAUGUCCAGGUUCCUCCUACUGCAAGUUGGCGACCAGUUCUGUGACCUCCUGGAGCAGGAGAAAGAGGCCAUCAGCAUCCACAUGUCCGACGACAAGACGAUAGCGUGGAAGAGAGUGGUCCAGGGGGUGCGGGAGAUGUGCGAUGUGUGCGAGACCACCCUGUUCAACUUCCACUGGGCAUGCGGCAAGUGUGGGUUUGUCGUCUGCAUCGACUGUUACAAGAGCCGGAAGAACGGAACAGUGAAGAUGUGGGGGGAGCCUGGGCGGGACCGGGACGACAAGGCUUGGCUGCUCUGCACCAACCGGCAGGGUCACGAACAGGAGCGGCUCAUGUUGACGCAGAUAAUCGCUGGGGACUCUCUGGAGACGUUGGAGCGUAGAUGUCACGAUGCCAGAGCGACCUGGGGCAUCCCCAUGCACUGCGGUUGUCCCCUCGCCAAGUCUGCCAAGCCGACUAAUGGCUUCUGCAAGGACCUGUUGAAAAACCUGCAGCUCAAGACUGAACCUGUAAAUGGACAGAUAAAGAGUGAGAAAGAGGAAAAGACUGAUGAUAAAAAUUCUCCUCUGAACUGGCUGGCAGACGUCGCCCUGUCCAAUGAGGACAAGAAGACUUCAUGUGGGGAAACCGGCAGCAGCAGUGACUCAGACGAAGACAAGGAUGGGAACUACUCGACUCUGCGAGAGCUGCUGAUCCGACCCGCGCCGAAGAGCAACGGUAGCAGAGCGCCAUCACCUGCAACGGGGACCAAGAGUCGCAAGUCGCACGUGGACACGCUGGACGAGGCGAUAUCCAGCGUGAUCGAACACGCCGUAACCAAGGAAACUGGUGACGUCGGUGUGGUGGACAAGGUGGUGGCUCCUCAGCUUAAGCACUUCGUGAGGCGUUACACUUGGCCGCAGAAGAGCUGGAGGGACCCGGUACCGAUACGCAUCAUGACACUGACAGAGAGCGAAGUGUUGUACCCCGACCUCCCCCACUCCUGGCUCUGCGACGGCCGGCUACUGCGACUGCACGAUCCCAACCAUUCCGGGAACUACAGGAUAUUUCAGGACCAGUGGAAGAGAGGGCAGCCGGUGCUGGUGAGCGACGUCGGCAAACAUCUGGACAAGGAUUUGUGGCACCCGGAAUCGUUCAUCAGGGACUUUGGGGACACCAAAAACGAUCUGGUGAACUGUAUGACCGGUAACCUGGUACCCAACCAGUUCAUGCGCAAGUUUUGGGAGGGCUUCGAACACCUGACCAAAAGGCUGAAGGACGACAGAGGCCAAUCCAUGUUGCUCAAGCUCAAGGAUUGGCCUCCGGGAGAGGACUUCGCCGAGAUGCUACCCUCGAGGUUCACCGACCUCAUGAAUGCCCUGCCCAUGAAGGAGUAUACCCAACGCACGGGUCGCCUCAACCUGGCCUCUCGGCUUCCUGACUGCUUCGUGCGGCCCGACCUCGGACCCAAGAUGUACACUGCCUACGGGUCCGCUAUCCACCCUACCAAAGGCACGACCAAUCUGCACCUCGACAUCUCUGACGCUGUCAAUGUCAUGGUCUAUGUUGGUGUGCCCAAGGACAGCGAUUCAGAAGACCAUAUCAAAGAGGCGUAUCGCGCGAUUGAUGAGGCGUGUUCAGACAUGCUGACGCGGCGGCGGGUACGCGAGAAGACCGAAGUACCCGGCGCGUUGUGGCACAUCUACUCAGCACGCGAUGCGGACAAAAUACGUGACCUGCUGAACAAGGUGGCGAUAGAACGGGGUGCGCGGCUGGAGCCUCACCACGACCCCAUCCACGAUCAAAGCUGGUACCUGGACAGUCCCCUGCGCGAGAGGCUCUACAAGGAGUACGCCGUCGAGGGCUACGCGAUCGUGCAGUGUCUCGGUGACGCCAUCUUCAUCCCGGCAGGAGCUCCCCACCAGGUCCGAAACUUGCACAACUGUAUCAAAGUGGCGGAGGACUUUGUGUCACCGGAGAACGUUUCGCACUGCUUCCACCUGACGCAAGAGUUCCGUGAGCUGUCCGAUACCCACUCCAAUCACGAGGACAAGCUACAGAUCAAGAACAUAAUCUACCACGCCGUCAAAGACUCUCUCUCCGUUUUAAGUUUAAAAGAGAACUGCGUUUCUCUGAAACAGGAAUCCACUGACUCGUGAUCGUAACUGCCACUCUACUCUAAGCGUUUCUUGUGAUAGGUGCUGUUUCUUUUUAUUCAAAGCGCUACGAACAUUUUAUCGUUGUUAAUAGUGCUUCAAAAGAAGUUUUAGAGUUAAUUUGUAAGUGUUUCUUGUACAUAGUUUUGUUUAUAAAACGCGGAAAAAAGUGAAUUAGUACAUAUGAAGAGGUGUAAAUAUAAAUAGAUAGCUGUAUUAUUAGCGGCACCAAGUGGCGCGGUUUAUACCUUGUACAGUGUCCAUUAUUUAAUUCACCGUAAGAUUCUCGAUCGAGCUCGGUGUUCGAUGUAAAUAUUGUACCUAUAAAUAAGUAAAUAUGUGCAAAACAUGUCGUAACCAAUCCCGCCCAACUUUGCACUUUUUCUACAACAAUUUAGGUAUAUUAAGUGUUACGGCUGUUCUAGAUCUCACUAAAUGUUACAGAGAAAUGUGCAUUUGUAGUCAUGUCAAAAUAUUCCAUGGCAUCAUCAAUUAAAAGAUAAUUUUUCCUGAUGGUACUUAAGUAACUGUUGUAAUUGAACUCGUAUCUUGUUACCACUCACCACCACUGUCUCUGUGUAUAUCGAUGACGUGAGUUCGAAUUCCAUUAUUUUUAUCUACUUGUAAAGAAUGGGUGGGCAGAAAGUGUCCUUGUUUUUGUUAACUUUUCAUUGUUCAGUUUUUCAUAAUAACAAAAAAUUAAUUCUGCCCCGAUUCAUAACUUUAUAUGGUUACAUGGAAUCUGUUUAUUUCUCAAUGAAAAUUAAAGUGCUAUUUAAAUAAAGUGCCAAUGUGGAUAAUGUG